UCACGCGGAACUCUGAGUUAGCUUUCCGGCUGGUUUACGUUUGCAAUCCGAGCAGCGGUUUAUGUACCAUUUCAAUAAUCUAUCUUUUCUCGCGUUAAAACUAUGCUGAUAGAGAGGCUAGAAAAAUAAAAGCGGUGUGCUUGUCGCAUGUGUUCGCUACAGGUGAUGUAUAGGAGGCUUUUCCACGUGGGGAUAACAGCUAGCCAGCCAACAUAAUUUGUAAUACAACUAGUUGGCUAAUGUUACAGCCAUAAUAAGCAGUAAUGGACGACCUGCCUGCCGAACUAAGAGCAUUUCUUGAGGGUCAACCUUUUCUAGAGCUUACUGAUUCCAAUAAGGUCAAGUGCACGCUAAAUGGCCACGAGUUUCCUUGCAACCUUGCACAGUUGCAAAACUUCACUUCGGGGAAGAAAUUCAAGAAAUUGUGUUCUAACGCAGAAUUCAAUUACAGCCAGUAUGAACCACAUCUGGUCGCAAGUACUAAAGAACCCAAUCGCCUUUUCUGCAAGCUGACCCUGAGACACAUCAAUCGAAUUCCCCAGCAUGUCCUAAGGCAUGUCAGUGGGAAGCGAUACAAGAAAGCUCUAGCACAAUACGAGGAGUGUGCGAAACUAGGCGUGGUGUUCAUGCCGGCCAGCCUCAAGCGGAGACGACGGCCCAGAGAUGCCAAUGGCGAGCCGAGUACAAGUGGAGGGCAGCGGAGAAUGAAGCCAGGCAGCGACUUCUGGGCACCAUGUUCCAGUGACGGCGAAGACGGCGACUCGGAGGACAGCAUGUCUGACCUCUACCCAUCCUCCCUGUUCACUCUAAAGAAGGCAGAGGCACAGGAAGAAAUGGAGGAAGGUGAUGACUUCCAAACAGAUGAUAUGGAGUUUUCGGAAAUGGGUGAUAAACAAGAACCACAGAAACGCAAAAAGGCCCAGUCUGUUGGCUUUAACAAGAAGUUCAAGAAAAACAGAAAAAGGAAAGGUUUUAAGACCGUCGGCGAAGUAAAGAAUGGGAAAUAAUAAACUGUGGUGUGUGCAUUAA